UCUUUAUCCACGCAUCAAUCUUCGACUGAGUCACUCUUACUACCAUUGAAAAUCAUAUUGCCUUCCUGUACACAUAGCACGCAAUCUGCGACCGAAUGGACAGCAUAGCCCUUUAUAGCGACAUCGGGCCUCCAUCCGACAUGUUCCCCACCUACGGGUGAUGCGCCCGGGGGACUUUUCCCUGGUCCGGAUAUCAGAUGCAGGAUUAUCACCGUACAGCGGGAACGCGCCCGUGGUGAAGAACUUAUAUAUAGGGGAAGAAUGCAAGGCUACAGUUUUGCGCAUAUUCCAGAUUUAUCUUUACUCACUAAAAACAUAGCAAGAUGUCCAGCAACCUCGUUCCUCUUACCGUCAUCAAGGGUGCUGGCCAUGAGUUCAUUCCCCUUCCACAGGGCGAGAAUGCUACAACGGCCGACUUCCACUCUGUCCGAACCAAGACCGAAUCCCCAGCGCACUUUACGUCGGGAUUUUACAAGAUCGAGGCUGGGCCUCAGAGACCCGCACACUAUACUUUCGAGGAGACCAAAUAUGUUCUGAGUGGUCAGAUCGACGUGUUGGACGAAGCCACAGGAAUCACUCAUCAUCUGGUUCCCGGUGAUUUUGCUUUCUUCCAUGUUGGAUCCAAGGUCAAGUUCUCGACCAAGUCUCAAGGUUUUGCCUUUUACGCUGUGACUCGACCGGUCCGAACCCCCCAUCCCAACCUUCAAGGUCGUGAGGAGGACAAGGCAAAGUUAUAAGAAUCAAAGGAGGCAAGAACCCCCAUGACUUUGCUAAAUCAAUCCAAUAGACAGCUAUAGAAGCUCGCUAGCAUACAUGCAUAAAAAUACAAUAACAAUUAGCGCCCUUUCAGAAAAUCGAAGGAAAUCUUCACCAUGCCUCCAUGACGCCAGCUGCCGCAAUCUCAUCCAUCAAUAAUAAUGCAUUAAGUGCAAGCUCUCGGGAUUCGCCG